AUGGGCUUUAUUAUAUCCCCAUUCCUUUCACCUUUCUUUUUCGGAUUUCUGGUCGCGCGCACCAACUGGAGGUGGGCUUAUGGGAUUGGCUCCAUGUAUGGCGCAAUCGUUGUGUUCUUCAUAGCAUUCUUUGCUGAGGAGACCAUGUACGAUCGUACUCUACCCAACCCGCGACCCAUUCCUCGACCGGUGUCACGAGUACGAUACAGGAUUGAGACCCUCACAGGCAUCACAGGUGCUCGGAUGGCUCGCUUCCGGGCUGGCUGGUGUGAAGCCGCUUUUGGAUCUUUGAAUCUUAUAUGGCGUCCUCAUCUGUUAAGCAUUUUGAUUUUUGAGGCAAUGGUCUUUGGAUUCGCUAUCGGAAUGAAUACCACAAAUGAGGUUUUCUUUGGACUUCCGCCGCCGGUCGGGUACGGAUUUACUGAAUAUGGCAUCACGGGGAUGUACGGAACGCCCAUUGUAGCAGUGUUCGUCGGAGAGCUCAUCGGUCGUUUUCUCAACGAUUGGAUCAUGGACUUCUGCACGCGUCGUAACCAUGGUGUCUUCCAAGCGGAAAUGAGACUCUGGGCCUGUUAUGUAGCCCUUCCACUCUAUAUCUGUGGCUUCGUCGUCUUAGGUGCUGGAUUGCAAAAACAUCUAGGAGUUGGAGCCCUCGUUAUGGGAUGGGGAAUCGGUCAGACCGCAGUCAUGAUCAUUACAGUGGCUGUCUAUGCGUACUGUAAUGACUGCUUCCCAUCAAGACAGGGUGAGGUAUCUGCGCUUGUCAAUCUAAUGCGGACAAUGGGAGGGUUUGGCGUUGCGUAUUUCCAAGUUUCAUGGGCGUCGAAAAAUGGUGCCUUGCAAACAUUUGGGGUGGAAGCAGCCAUUGUAUCAGGGCUCUUCAUCUUGGUGAUACCUACAUUGCAAAUAGCUGGCCCUCGGCUCAGACAAAAGUACUCACUAUGA